CUUGGCCUCGCAGUUGUUCCAGGCGGCACCUAGCAGCUGGUUGUUGCUUCGUUUGUGUUUCUCUAGGCUCAUCCUUCUGUGCGGUAUCAACAAAGGGACGUGGAAUUAAGCUGACUGCCUGGAGUGUUGGUGUUUCACACAAGUUGUGUGCGCGAUCAAGAAUAUCGUAAUAGAAGCCCUGUGUUGUUUGUGGAAGAAAAUUUAAAUUAAGUGUGAAAUUUCGUGCCAGAGUUAGAACUAUUAAACGUACAAAACAGUAUUAGUAUAAUGAUGAUAUUAAUAAGAUAUAGCAGUUGAAUCCUGUCCGAAGUUUCGUAUGUGUGAAGAUAACAAAUUGCCUUUUUUUGGGAGUAUAAUGAUAUUCGUAUUUACGCCUUUAAUUAUUGAUUGGACUGUUAUUUUUUAAAACAUAAAUCAUACGACAGUACUUGAAUUUGUGCCGCGAUUGCUAAAUAUCUGUAUACUGCUCAUUUGAGUCUUGUAAAUUUUGAGUGAAAUUUCUCCGUGAACAAUCUCUUUCUCUAAAUACUGCUAGAAUUGUCUGCGAUGAAGUAGCUCUUCAGAGAUGGAUAUAUACAAACUGAUAUGAAAGUGAAAGCGAUGGACCGAAAGCGUGAAUCUGCAGCACGAUAAGUGAUCGAAGAAGUGCACAAAUGCUGUGUUCUACGCCGGCAUGGGGUGCCGAUAAAUGAGAACCUCAUGCAUUAUUUUGCCGGCGCACGUGUUUCUAUAACCAGUUUUCUACGUCCACCCUGUGCCAUCAGUCGCGCUUGCGUCAAAUAACCCGUCUCCCCACUUCCCCCCCUCAACAGUCCCCUUGGCUACCCUUUUGUGCCGAACAAUACGCACAGUUCUGAACUAGGCAUUGAGGGAAGUGGUUUGUGUUGAAUGGAGUUUGUUUUCCUGUUAAGGUUACGAUUUAUUUCUAAAACUUGUACAGCUGCGAGUAUGGAAAAUCUAAAUGAAUUUUCCGCGCACCGAAAGUCGUAUCAAAACUGAAUUGUAGUGUGGAGAAAUAUCCAACGUCUGAAUCCCUCUGUGUGUUGCAUACAGUCGGUUUGAAGAGGAUUCUUGACAUUAGUGCUUUGAAUCAUUUGUGCAGUGUUUUGUGCAAUUUAAAUAUUCUAUGGCAGAAUUGAACGGUAAACUGUAGUGGUUACACAAAGUGAUGUUUGUUAAUAUAUAAGUAUCACACAUAAUGGUUUUUAGUUUGAUUCCGAUACGAUCGUUAUGAUGAUGCUAAAAAUUUAAGUUCUUUAUUGAUAUCUCCCCUCUAAGCGGGGAAGUUUUGUCCGUGGUAGUGUAAUGGACUCGUGUUUCCCUCCUCUGGCGGCCCUGAGCCUCAGGGACCAUCGUAAGUCAAAUGGCCACCAGACCACCAAUAACCGUCAGGGUCGCCCCUCCGCCGCACAGCAGUCGCCCGGGGAGGCUGACAGCUAUGGCAAGAUCGAGAUUCUGCAGGACUUGGAUUUGUACUACAUCCGUCAGAUAGCGCACAAUCUCAAGGAAUAUGAUCUGGAGCAGAAAAUUGACCUGGAAAUCAAGAUGCGCGAGGGUACGACCAAACUGCUGGCCGCCUGUCGUCACCAGACGCAAACCUUGGAGGCGGCCAAGAACCUCCUUACCUCCAACGAGCGUAUGUCGGCCUACAUGGCGGAGUUGCAGCGGCGGAAGAAGGAGGCACCAUCCAGAGGGCUAGGGUAUGGUUGUCAGCCCUGUAUGGCUCGUGUGUCAUUGUCUGACUUAAGGAUGCCACUCAUCUGGAGGGACACGGACCAUUUCAAGAACAAGGGUGACUACCGUCGCUUUGCAGUAUUCUGCCUUGCACGCAUUGGAACCGAGAUAUACGACACAACACUACUCUGCCCCGUUGAUCGCUCCCUUACUGACCUCACUUUUCCUGAUGUACUCAUCUUCAAUCAGAUUCCUUCUGACUUCGAGUUCCGGUUGGAGGUGUACAGUCAUAUUCUGCAGGAUGACAUGAGCAUUGCCAGCACGCCCCGCAAGAUCAAGAAGACAAUCCACAGUUCCAUUAGUCGAACUGUCGGAAAAAAACUUGCCGCUUCCCUUCGUGAUGAACUCAACACUGGCAAGAUAGGUCCACACUUCGAGCUGAUGGCUACAGCUCGAUUGUCGCUGGACGACGUUCAUGACAGCAUUCAUACACAUGACAUGCAGGUGGAAAACUUAGAAAACCGCAGUCACCAGCUACCUUUAUUUGGCCACUUCUGCUGCCGCUUAGCUGCUCAACCUGACUGUGUAUCACAGGAGAGCUGCUCAGGAGAUCUGAUGUUGCUAGACAGUGAUGCAGCCAGGCAGUGGGUUUCCAUGUGGGGCCAGUUGCAGGCCUUUCGACUUGACUUGUGGGUCAAACGGGAACAAUGGGAGCAAGGCCAAGACCCUGUUAGGUCUAUUGUAGUGGACAGGGAAACUGUGAUACAGCCUAGUAAAUCAGUAACCAAGGAAAUUACAAUAUCAAACUUCUGCGAGGGUAAGGAUGAAAUUUCAGUGAUCCGAACAAAGACAGUGGAUGAUCAGCAGAAGUGGCUAAGGUGUCUUGUUCAGCAUGCUAAGGAUCAUGUGAGGUGGAAGCAUGCAGCAGAAAAAAUUAUGGAAAUUCAGUCACCUGGUUCUGCAAGGCAUUCCUUCACUCGACAACUGCGAGGAGGUUCACUGUAUGAUGAGACACCUCUUAUAGAAUCUGUAUCCAGUGAAUAUCAUCGACCAACAGUGCAGGAAAUUUUUGGAAUGACUCCAUCAACAAGUCUGAGUUCAUGUGCCUCAUCUUCUUCUUCGCCCACAUUUCGAGAACGUUCCCAUAGCUCAGGUGGCAGCAACAAAGGAAGGUUGGGUGGAGGAACUGUUCGAACACACUGGCCAUUUUCACGGAACUGCCAGGAUUGAAGAUUGUACCUGCGUCAUUUAAUCUUACUUGGAGUAGAUGUGUUGCUGUUUGUAUUACUGCACUGAGCUGAUGUGUUUAACGGUUCAUUUAUCCCUAAUUUAAAUUUAUAAUUUCUAAGGUACAGUAGUUUUAUAUCAGCGUUCCAAGUAUUCUGUCAACACAGUUUGUAUUUGGAUGUGGAACUGAACUUCACCUUCUGCCUUGUGUGGAUGUUAAUCGUAGGAAAUUCUUUGACGUGAAUGUGACAAGCAAGGCAAUGAUGACAGUCAUAAAAAUAUUGUUAAAAAGACAUCUAAAUAAAGAUAUGUGACUUAAAUCAUAUUUUUCAUUUAUUUUAUAGGAAAGUAAACUAAAUGUCUUUUUAUAUAAAUGUGUUGAAAGAAGUAUUUAAAUGUAUGCAAUGCAGAGAUAAUGCAAUGUAGUAAACUAAGAUAAUUUCUAUUUAAUUAUAAGUAUAAAUUUGUAGAAUGUUGGUAGAAAUAUCCUGUCAUUAAUAUUAGCCAUUGCACUUCAAAAGCAGUCACUGGUGUUCAGUAUGAUUUAAUGGAACUUUUCAUUAUUUGCAUCUAUGACUGCAGUUUUGUUCUACAGGUAAUUUUGAAAAUAUUACUUGUGCUGUGGUCACAUGUGUACAUUUUGAAUAAGAGUAAAAAGAUUUUUCUUUCUUUCA